CAAUUGCAUACAAACAUGAAUCUUUAUACGAUAUAUGACUGGAUUACUUCAUUGCUGCGUACGCCCAGCGGCAGCGUCAGCUAUAAGGCAAUCGAAGCAUCGGAAGAUAACGCCGCAGCAACAUCUGCUGCCGCUUUACCAACCGCAACAGCAGCAGCGACAGCAACAGCAAAUGGAAUCCGUUCAUCUUGUAUACAAAAUGUGGAAGUUGAGUUUAUACCCACAUUGACAUUCUUAUUCGAAAAGCCAAUCCCGCCUGAAGCAAUAUUAGAAACAGAAAAAGACGUCAACGCACAGACAGAGCAUUCGCCUUCAGAGGGGCUGCAACAUGAGGCCAGCAGCAAUAAUGUUGACAAUGUUGACUCUGACAGUGAUAACGACUCAACGCACACAUAUAUAAUCUCGAGAAGUAGUUGGACAACAACGACAGCUACUUCGAGCAGUACGCCCUACGCUGUUACAUCUACCGAUACGUCAGAGCUAUUGAGGCAGCAGAAUAAUUUGAGUUUGACCGAGGAGGAGGAGACGGUAUCCUCGUAUAGCAUAGAACCGCCCACAAGUUCCAUGACUAUUGAUAUGGCGGAGCCGCAGACAUCGAUUGCAACGACAAGAAGUGAGGCUACUUCUAGUGUGGAUGUGGUGGCUACUACAACGACAACAACAACAACCACCACAACGACUAGCAGCAGCAUUGAAGAGGACAUUGAAGAGGCCAUUGAGAUAAGUGAGGUGGAAGAGCAAUUGGAAUCUCUGUCGGAGGCGGCGGCUUAUGCUAGGCCAAAGCAGCAGGAACAAAGUGCCAAAAGUUUGAGCAAAAGCAGCGAAGAGCCGGAUGCUGAAGAGUUUCGUAUUGAUGAUUCUCAGCUCUCUGGUGGCCAAUUGGCCCAGCAUUUUAUAGUUGUUGAUGAAACAGAGGAUGAGGAUGACGAAGAGGAUGAGGAGUUGGAGCUCGAAGGAGAUGAGAAAAUAGAGAUUAAUGUAACAGCAUCCUCGGAUGAUGAUUUCGAUAUUAGUUUGCCAUUAGAGCAAAGAAAUGUCAUCCAUUCGCGUCAUGACACAGACGAUGGUGAGGAAUAUAUGAAGGCGACAAAUGUCGCUGAUCAAGUAGAUCAGAUCGAUAUCACUCCGGAGGCAAGUUUGAGUCAUCAAAGCACCACACAUGAUGUCUCCGAACUAGCCGAUGAACAGCAACAGGAGAAUGAUGAGCCAACACAAGCCACAAGCCAAGAACAAGACAAGGAGACCGAUGAACAAGAUCACUCAUUGGAGGAAAUUGUGGCAUCUAAUCAGUCCAUCGAGGUCACCUACGAACCGGAAGAGACAACCAAAUCAUCACAAAAAUUAGAACAAAUCACCGACUUGGAUGCGGAAGAAGAAAAACAGAUUCAAAUCAUUGAGAACAAAACGGCCAAAGCAUUGACCACUCUGCAAUUGCAAGCCGAAUCCCUGGAACUAACCAUGCUCGAGGCGGAUGAGGAUGAGGAGGUUGAUGAUGACGAUGACGAAGACAAUUCAUUGCAAUUGAUGAAAUUGCGUCUUAUGGCCAUGAAUCAGCAACAAAGUCUGUUGGAUAAUGCAGCCAAGUUAUCGCCCACUGAGACAGGAGAAGCGGCAGACAGAAACAGCAGCCAAGAAAUUAAGCAAAUGGAACGUGUGCCUCUUAGCAAUGAGUUUAGUAAAGAUGUCCUUGAGGACAUCACGGAGGAAAGUGAACGCCUAAUGUCUCUCUUGUCCACUACCACCAUAGAGGAGCCAUCGCUCGAGGAGUCAAAGACACUACAACAGCCAACUGUGGCCCAGGUUGGCAGCAGUUCCAGUUUGGUCAGUCUAAACAUGCUAAAGCAAUUGGAGGCCAAAGUGCAAGAGCUGAGUACGCAAUUGGAGACGAAAGAGAAUUGUGUAGCUUCGUUGAAUAUGCAAUUGGAUGCGGCCAGACGGGAGUCUAGUACGGGGCCAGCUUCUGCCAGAGAUACCAGCUCUCUGAUGACCAAUUCCACGGAAUAUCGCACACUGCAAGAUGAACUGGGCGGACCGACCCUGGACAUUUAUGUGGAAAUGUCACGUCGUGAUGAGACAAUAGCCAAGCUCACCGAAUCGCUGCAGCAUUCCUUAAAUAGUCGCAAUCAACUUCAAGUGGAUGCCAAUCGUCUGGCGGAUGAGCUUCAAGAUCUGCGGCGUCAACUUCACGAGGCCUUGGAGACAGUGAAAAGGUCUAGCACCUGGGAACCGGAACCCAAUGCUAGCCAAAGGAUCUCGGAGAUUUCAAUGGAUUUGAUAAGCGAAAGUGAGGAUGAUCUGGAUCAGCAUUUUCUCACCGACAACGAAGCGGAUCGGGCAUCACGCAGUUCGCGGGAAAGGCAAUUGGCCUCGGUCAAUGAUUUACUUCAUCCCGAUUGGACACCCGCUUUUAGCAAGCAAAUUGAACAAUUUCAAACCUAUCUGUUGCCCACUGAGCAGAAGGUAUUCCAAAUGGUCCAACGCAAAUUCGAUGACUAUCUGAAUCAACAAUUGUCGCUGGCCAAAGAGCAAAGUGCCCAAGAGAUGAAGAUUUGCCGCGAUCAAUGGGAGAGUGAGAAGCUAACCAAUGAACAGACUCAACAGGCAGCCCACGCCAAGCAAAUGGAGGAGUUACGCAAAUACUUUGAACACAAAUGCGCUGAUCUGGAGAAACAAUUCUCGGAUGAUGUCUUCUCCCACAAAUCGCAAAAUUUAGCGGGCGACAGCUCAUCGGAAUGUUCCGAGGCAGAGCAAUUGCCUGAAGAGGGAGCUGCAGCAUCGAGGGAGACUUCGCCCAGGAAACGCAAAAGAGCCGAAUUGUUACUUAGUCCCAGUCAUCGUCAGAUCACACCAUGUGGCCUGGAUUCCCUUGGUGAAACUGGCCAAAUCACAGGCACCAAAGAUGGCAAUCACAAUAUAUCCUUGGAGAUAGCCGAUCUAAAAAUCUUCUAUCAAACUCACAUACACGAACUGAAACGUGCCCACGAGGAUCAAGUACGCAAACUAUCCGAUAGAGUGAAGUUCUAUGAACGACGAUUUGCCGAUGAUGAUUACAAGAAUGCAUCCAAAUCCGCACCAUUGUCGAAUACCUGUGAUCAAGCCAACAACAAUGACAACAACAAUGAUGAUCAUAUCGAUGAGGUGGGCGAUGGAGAUCUGGCUGGCCAACAGAAUCCAAAUAUUUCGCUCAUCAUUAUCGAUGAAGAUGAAUUGAAUUUCCACAAUGAAUCGCAAGUGAUCCAGCGUAUUAUUGAGGAAUAUGAGCGAAGAUUACAAGAGCAAUUGGCACUGGCCCGACAGGAUAUAGCCAAUGAGCUGGAACAGCAAAUUCAGAAUCUUCUGUCCGAGAAUACAGUGGAUGAUCAGCAUUGGCCCAAGGAAUUGAUCUUGCUAAGGGAGAAAUUUACGGCGAAAAGUCAAUUGGAGAUUACCCAACUGAAUAUCAAACAUGCCGAUGAGAUGUCUCGCCUGAAAUUGGAAUAUGAGAAACAAUUGAAUCGCAAAAAUAAACGGCAUUCGACCUUCGAUUCGGGUCGUGAUUUAGAGCAGGUGAUCAAUGAGCGUGAUGGUCUGCGAGAGCUAUCGAAAUCUUUUCGCAGUGUGCUCUGCCGCCUGGCGAAAUGCGUGGCCAACUGUGAGGAGGAUUUGAAUGCCACACUGUCCGAGGAGGUACAGCGAUUGCUUGUUCAUAGUCGCAGUCAAGAUGCCGGCGAGGAUUUGGAGCAGACUCUGAGUAGCUCUCUCAAUUGCACUGCUUCCAAGUUGCGUCUAGUGCCCGAUGUUCAUAGCCUCUUGGAGGUUGUGGAGGAUCCCAGUCUAUUGCAGUUUAUUGACAGCAAAAGCAAUGAGGAGCAAAGUGAUGAUUUCGAUUUGAAUGAUUGCCUGGAGCGAUUGAAAUCGGAGGCCUCGUAUUUGUUGCACCUGUCGGAGGAUCUGCAUAAGCAACGUGAACAGCCCGAUCCUGUUGAUGAGCCCGAGAAGCAGGAGCAUGAGCUUUGCUGUGAGGCCGAGGAUGGGCUAAAGACAACCGCAGCCGUGGCAUUGCCUCAGCAAUUGCUAUCGAAGUUUUUGCGUACCAACUCGCUGAAUGAUCAAUAUUUGGGUGUGGCAAAUCAGAGGAAAAACAGCCAACCGGAUUCAAUAAAACCGCACAGUUCGCUGCCAACUGAUCUGCAGCAGCAGGCCGGCAAUGCCUCUGAGUUGGCUUUCCAAUUGGUCGAGCUGAAGAAUCGUCUGAUCAAAUCUGAAAAUGAUCGUCAGAAGUUGCAACAACAACUGAAUCACACUAUUGAUCGGAAUGCGGAGCUGGGGCAAGAGUUGCAGGCUCUAAGGGAUCAGCUUUCCCAGUUCAAUUCCCUCAAUCACACAGACUACAAUGAAGGCUAUGGCCUCGGCUCGAUGAAAAGCAAUCAAGAGCAGGCACUGGAUCAGUCAUCGGCCAGUUUUAUGGCCCUGCAAGAGAAGGCCCGCCAUUUGCUAUCGUCGCCAAGCAAACAAGAGACCCGGGAUCAGGGCAAUGCUACGGUCAUAUUACUUCAAAUGAUUGAGGACUUCUGUCGUGAGGGCGACAAAGUGGUAGAGUGCGGCAAAAAGGAACGCGACGACUUGCAAUCACAGAUUGACACCGCUGAUAAGCAGCUGAAGGAUACACGCCGAUUCCUGGAGGAUCAGGCUGCUGAACGCGAACAGGAACGCGAUGAGUUCCAACGCGAAAUCGAGCGAUUAAAAACCCAAUUGCGCGACAAGGAGAAAGAGCACAGCUCCUAUGCCAAUGCCUCCGAGGAGUAUGCCCAACUGGAGUCCCAGCUGCGCGAAGUCAAUCGUCAGCUCAGCGAAGCCAACUCGAAGAGAGAUAAAUUCGAAUUGGAACUCAAGGCCUCGAUUGACAAGAUUUUUGUAUUGCGUGAAAUCAUUUCGGAGCUGGAAACUCAAGUGCAAACCAAGGCUCUCAAUGAACAAGUCCUCGACGAGAAGGCCAAACAGCUGGAAGACUAUGUGAGCCAUCAAAUGCGUGCCAAUGAUGCGCUGCAACAGGAAGUGCAUAGCCUCAAGACAGACAUAGGCGAAGGCUAUCAGACUCGCAUACGCCAGCUGGAAGAUAAACUGCAACAGGGUCGUCCAUCGGCCGAACAGAGCAUGAUCCUCAAUCAGGUGGCUGAGCAAUUGCGGGACAUUGAAUCAACGCUGGAGCAGAAAACUAAAGCCCUGGAAUCGCUGCAUAAUUCGAACACAGCAUCCAAUUCCUGCAGUUUAAGUGCCACCGAGGAUGUCUCUGUUCAUGGCAGCAAGCAGCCAACCACAGGCACAGGCGAGGGCUCCUCGCCAUCGCAUCCCUCGCUCUCGGUGGAGGGAGUGCAGCGGGUGGCCGAGAAGCUCGAUCGUCAUACACGUGUUGAGGAGGCGGCCAUCAAGCGUAUACGUGAUUUGGAGAUGCAAGUUCAACAAACACGUGCUGUUCGUGUGGAACUUGAACAUGAACGAGAUUCGCUGCAGGGCCGCAUGGAUGAACAAACGCAUCGUAUUUCCACCUUGCAGACGCGCCUAGAGGAGCAACGUCAGCGGGCUGAGCAGCUGCAUCGUGCCGGCACUUCAGAUCUUCAUACCCGAGUCCAUGAACUUCAAGGCGAAGUUCAAAAUCUUAGCGAGAAAUUGUCUGCUCGCGAUAAACAAAUGACCACAUUGCGGGUGCAACUAAAACGCAGCAAGGAUGAGAUAACAAAUCUGGAGAGUGAACUAAAGGUUCGCCAUAAGCCCGAUCGAUGUGUGAUAGAGCGAUUGGAAGGGGAAUUGCAGCAGAAAGGAUCAGAAAUACAUAAGCUUAAGGAAAAGAUACGCACUGAGAUGAUCAAUCGAUUGGCUCUGCCAGAUUUAAUGGAAACCAUGCUGGCCGAUAAGAACGAUGAAAUCGAUCAUCUGCGUGACCAAUUGGAGGCCAAGGAAAAGGAAUUGCAGGCGGCCCAAGAUCUAAGUCAGGCAUCAUCGCCAGCAGCGGCAGGUGGAGCAGAAAAACAUCAACAGGAUGCCAGUACGAAGCUAAGUGCACGUACACUAAGUGACAUAGGAUCCAUUACCGAGUUUCCGGAGCCGGAUGUGGAACGACGUGCGGCAAUGCGAAGCCUCAAUGCGGCGCCCUUCCAAUUGAGCGAUGCUGCGGGCAGCGGUGGCAACAACUUCCUGCAACAGACAAUGGAGAUCUCCAAAGAGGCUGUGGCCAAUCUAACACUCAGGCGUACAGAUGAUUUGAGUGGCUUCGCUGUGCCUCAUCAAGUCAAUACUUUCGAGAAUCCACAUUACUUCCAGGGUAUAGCAGCCCAGAGCAGUAGCAAUAUGAUGACUCCAGAGCUGGUGCCGCGCCAAAUCAAUUUCUCGAACUUGACCGAGGAUUCGAAGCUAAAGACACCCAGCAUGAUGCUGAUUCUGACGCCGGAGCUACCCAAACCCACAACGCCGCUGGAAGUUGAAGAAUUGCAUGAGAAGUUAACCAUCUUGGAGAAGGAGAAGCAGCAAGAUCUGGAUGAUAUGACAAAGAAACUAAAACAAAUGGAAGAACAACUCGAAAAGGAGAAGAAUAAGCUCAUCACGCAAGAGAGCACGCUGAAAGACUAUAGGGAGACGGAGAAAAAGUAUAGACUACGCAUUGACUCCCUGGAGGAGAAGCUUUUGGAGACAACCAGUCAAGAAGCGGCAGAGAAGGAAAACCUACGCAAGGAACUCAACUGUGUAAGUGCCGCUCAUGCCCAGUGCGAACAUGUUCAUCGGGAUUUGGUACUUAAGCGCAAACAAGAGGUCAAUAGCUUAAAUAGUGAGAUUAAAGCCAAAGCAGAGCAACUGCAGGCAGCCACUGAGAGGUGCCGAGACUUGGAGCUGCAUGUCCAAACGCUGGAAAGGGAUCUGGAACGUCUCAAGAAUAGCGAGCAUAGCUCAAAACAGUAUUCAGUGGAUGAGAUAGCCCAGCAGGUGGAAAAGGAAUUGAACUAUUCAGCCCAACUGGACUCCAAUAUACUCAAGGCAAUUGAGAGCGAAGAGGAAAAUAAUCUGGACAAGAGGCAGCAGCAAAAAGAAGUGCAGACUGAGGAAGAGCAGCAACCCGGCACUGGUCAUGGCUCAGAGGAUGAAAAUUUCACGGGCGAACGAGAGCUGCUCAAUCAGCUAGAAGCGGUGCGUGCUCAGUUGGCUGUGGAGCGAGAACAAUGUGAGUCUCUGAGCAAGGAACUAAUGGGUGAGAAGCAGCAUUCUCAGGAAAUACAGGAGCAAGAUGUGGUCAUAAUUGAAGCUAUGCGAAAGAGACUGGAAACUGCUUUGGAUGCCGAAGAUGAGCUGCAUAAGCAAUUGGAUAUGGAAAGAGAACGCUGCGAGAGACUGCAAACCCAACUGACCUCUUUGCAGAGGGCAGAGAGCAGACGAAAUAGUUCUCUGCUGCUAAAGUCACCUGGCGAAUCGCCGAGAAAGUCGCCACGGGCUGAUUUCGAGGCAGAAUUGGGUGAGCGGUUGCGGAGCGAGAUCAAAUUAUUGAUGGCCCAGAAUGAGAGGGAGAGAGAAAGAUCAGCAGAUGCCCAACGAAGCAGCGAGCGGGAGAAGCAACGCUACGAAAAGGAGCUGCAAGAGCGCAUAGCCUAUUGUGAGCGGCUCAAACAGGAAAUGGAGAAACUGGCCAGGGAUAAGGACUCGGCCGAGCAGGAACUAGAGCAUUUCAAUGAACGCCUCACACUGCAGGCCAGCGAAAUAGAGAGUCUGGAAUCUCGAUUGGUCACACUGCAAGAAGCCGAAACUCGACGAGCCAACACAAGGACACGCCAACAUCAAGAGUUGACCAAAUUGCAUGCUGAGAUCCAUGAACUGAAGGGUAAACUAUUAGCAGCAGAAUCCUCUCGUGACUCUCUAGAACAAAAGAUCACCCAAUUGCGCUUUGAUGUGAGCCGUUCUGCCCAACGGGAGGCUAAGUUGGCGGAAGCAUUGGCCCAAGCCAAUGAUCGUCUGGCCCACAGCACAGAUGAUACCGUGCCGGCCCAGUUUUUGCAGAAAAUGAAAGAGAUUAACACUCUGCUGGCGGAGAACACCCAGGAGAAUCGUCAAAUGGCCGAGACCGUUCAAUAUCUGGUCGGUGAGCGCAUUGCCCUGCAAAAGCGAUGCGAAGAACUGGGUGCCAAUGGCAAUGUGAAUGAACUGGAGGAGCGUUGCCGUCAGCUCUUGGGUCGCUAUCUGCGUGUGGAAUCCCAUCGUAAGGCGUUGGUCUAUCAAAAGCGUUAUCUAAAACUUACCCUGGAAAGCUAUCAGGCCAGUGAACAAAUGGCAAUGCAGGCAAUAGCCGGCGGACAGGGCGCCACAGUACAAAAAAGGCCUAAGAAAAAGUUGUUCAAAACUGUGGCAUUGGCCAUUAUAGCCAUUCAGCGCAUCAAAUACAUUGGACGCAUUUGGCAUACCGGCAAGCGUAUUGUCAGCAAAUCCGUGUUUACCAUCACCCAGCAAAAGAAUGUACCUGCUUUCAAUGUGAAUGCUCCGCCAUCUCCUCUCCCUGUGGCCAAUCCGAAAGUACCCACCAAUUCCAGCAGUAGCAAUAAUACUAAUAAUAUUGCGGGACGACUCAGUUAUGCUCCUGUCUCGCCACCUUUGGUGACUUUUAGUACAUUACAACCCAUUGUGCUGCCCCAGGAUUAUACUCUACAAGUGCCAUCGUCAUCAUUGAGUCAUAACAACAACAACAGCAGCAGCAAUAGUAAUAAUAAUAAUAAUAAUAACAACAACAACAACAAUUAUAAUGAGAGUAACCUGCCCUCGUUGGCCAAAUUAGAUUGGGCCACGACCACCCCACAGAAGCAACCAAAACGAGCGCAGCCGCGACUUCAUUAGCAUCUCAUUGCGCCCAUAUCAUAAGAACCCAGACCAUAAAAUCAUGUUAGUGUUAAAACAAUUUUAAGCUGUUUUUGAUAGUUUACCUAGUCCUAAGUAAGGGAAAUCUCCCGACAAGAAACCACAAACACACCAAACUUAGCAAUGUAAUUUGAUGAAUACGAUGUAAAUGUUAUUUGUAUUUUUGUAAACUUAAGUUUUUUUUUUUCUUUGCAUAAUUUUCCUACUUACUGUACCACCCUUCGACCCUGUUGUCCCUUGUGCCCAGUAUUUUUUUUUGCAAGUUAGUUAGUUAACCUUUUUGAUUUAAGUACCCCGACUGUAUACAUAAUUAUUCGUUCUAUAAGUUGAUUAAAAAACAAACAAAUUUCAUUCAUAAUUAUUGCUCUUUCCGAUUUGCAUUUUUGUUUCAUCUUAAAUGUGCCUUAAAGACCAUCAUCAAUAAUUGUUCAAUAAAACAAAAUAAACAUGUUGAA